AAUUGGUCGAGCCAUUAAGUUUAACACUAAAUGCAUCAACUGGUUAUGACCGCGGCCCCUUGGUCGCAGCGGUGUGAAAAGCAAUCACUACAAUGUCAGAUAAUGGCAUUGACUUCAGCCAUUAAAUAAGGGCUCGCACAAUAUAGAAGUACGAUAUGAGUUCAGAAGAACUGGCUAGUGACAUGGCGGCACAACAACACGGUGUACUAGCCUCGAAGUGCUGUGUUUCUUGUACCAGGAGAUCGCCGUUUUUCCUGGCGGUUGAGGAGGGAGAUGCUACCGAGGUUGCAAGGUUUGUACGGGAGGAUGCUUUAUGGCUAAGGCAUGCCGAUAAGAAGAAUAGGCGCACUGCGUGGCACAUCGCUGCGGAGAAGGGUCAUGUUGAGGUACUACGGGUGCUCCGGGACCGGGCCGUAGAGGAGGACGCGGGCCAGCAGCUGAACAACCACCUCAGCCUCUCCUUCAGCCUGUCGCUGUCGGCCCGUCUCAUGUCCCUCUCGCGGACGCCCCUAGGGCCCGAAGAGCGGGUGGCCGAGCUGGUGAACGGGCGCAGCGCCUGGGGCCUCACGCCGCUGUCUCUGGCGGCCGCACACGACCGGGCGGAUGCGGUCAACUUCCUGCUGGAGAUAGGUGCGGACCCCUGGCAGGGCGACCACGAGGGGCGCAACGCGGCUCACCUGGCAGCCAAGUACGGAGCCAUUCGGGCGCUGCAGGUCCUGCUGGGUCAGGAGCGCCCCCUGAGCAGCCGUGCAGUCAUCCACAACCACCCCUCCACCCGCCUAGCCGACUGCCUGGACCUGUUCGGCUGGACGCCGCUGCACUACGCCACCUGGUGCAACCGCCGCUCAGCCAUGAUGCUGCUCAUAGGCUUCGACGCCAACCUCAUUGCCAGGUCGCUGCUGCUCCACUCCGAGUACGCCAACCUGCCUGCCGGCUCCACGCCGCUGCACAUCGCCUGCCUGCACGGCUGCCUGGACCGAGUGAGGAUGCUGCUGCGGGCUUACUACGAGACGGCAGCCGACCUGCUGCCCAGCCAGACGGCGCUACUGGCGAGUGUGGAGCGCCGCCGCCGCGCCCGCAGCCACCCCGACCCGCGACUCAUCCUCACACGCACGCAGCGCCUGCCCUUCCAUGUGGCUGCCAGGUCCGGCCACCGACAUCUGUUGGACUGGCUGGACCCCUCCGUGCCGCUAAUGUUCCUGUUUGGCGGGGAGGAGGCGGAUGAGAGCGGCGGGGGGCAGGCGGGAGGCGGCUCGGGGGGCGGGGUGGAGGGCGCGGAGGCACGCAGACGCAGCGGGCAGGUGCCGCUGGUGGGCGUGUCCAGGCUGACAGUCAUCGCUGCUCGCGCGCUGCACAGCUCGCUGCUUGCCUCCCUGGACGCGGCGGAGAAGGAGAUGCGGCGCGCGGCGGAGGCAGCGGAGGCGGCGGCGCAGGAGCGCAGGCGGCGGCGGGAGAUGCGGCGGGUUGCGAAGGAGGCAGCGGCGGCGGCGGCAGCCCUGAAGCAGGGCAAGGAACCCCCACCUGAGGGCCUCACGAGCACGAUCCGGAGGUUUAUGGGACGGGCGUCAAAGGACGAGAAGCCGGUCUCGUCAGCACCGGCGUCGGCGUCGGCGGCAGCGCCGGCGUCGGCGGCCGGCAACCGCAGCGGCGGCGGCUGGCGGCCGUGGCGGCAUCGCGGCCGCCGGGCGCGUGGGAACUCCUCCGGUGGCGGCGGCAGCAGCGGCGGCGGGGCAGCAGCGGCUGCUGACGGCGGCGGGGAGGAGCAUGCAGGUGGCCCCGCUCCCCCCGCUCACUCGCGCUCGUCUCGGCGACGCGGCACGCGUCGGCGUCGUCCCCCGACGGACCCCCAGACGGCAGAAUCCGCCGGCGCAACACCAGUCGCGAGCGCUGCAGUACCGGCGGUAGCAGCGGCGGCGGCAGCGCAGCAGCGGUCGGAGUCAACGUCUCCUGAAGGCGCAGCAGCGGCAGCUUCAGCCAACAACACCGCCGGGGUCGCGGUCGCAGUAGCCACAAAUGUGGGGGCUCUUGGUUCGGAUGUCCCGGAGGGCGGCAGCGGCAGAGGCGGCCGAGGCGGAGGCGCCACCGCAGCAGCAGCAGCGGGUGCAGCAGCCCCUCCCAGCAGCACCACACCCCCCACCAGCCCCAUGGCCCGCAGCUCCCGCUCGCUGCUUCAGCUCCUGCAACCCAGACCCUCCGACACAGAUGCCCCACCAGGGCCCCGCCGCAGCAGAAUCUGGGGAGGAGGAGCAGGCGACGCCGCCCCCGCCGCCGUCGCCUCCAACGUUGCGCCCCCUGUCGCCGCCGCCUCCGCCGCCGUGGCCGAUGCCGACAGCGACACAUGCAGCAGCGUUGACGGAGGCGGCGGCGGUGAGCGCAGCAGCCCCGGACUAACGCGGAAGAUGCUGCGGCGGCUGUAUCGUGUGGCGUUGGGGCGGCGCGGCAGUGCGGCUGCGGGCUCUCGUGCGCAUGGGCAUGCAGCGCUGGUGGCCAGGCUGCAUCGGGCGGGCAUCCAGAUACCGGAGGGGCCGGAUGAGGCGGUGGCGUACUUCACUCCCGGUCGCGAGCCGCGUUACAACAUGCCCACCCGCAUCCUGCUGCCGGGGCUGGCAGCGCCGAGGUGGGCCCCCACGUCACCCGCCCCCUCCGCAGCCUCCGCCACCACCGCCCUCUCCCCGGACGGCUCCCAUGCGCCCUCCGAGCGCCCGCAGCCUCCCUGGGGGCAGCAGCACCACCACCCUCACCACCCUCAUCUGCAUCCGCACCCUCAUCAUCAGCAGCAGCAACAGCAGCCGCAUCAUCCCCCAGCUGUAUCCGCAGUGCCAGACAUUAGCCCCGUGGCAUCCCAGGAAAUGGAUCCAGGGAAAGCAGCAGCAGCCAGGCCGGCGGCGGCGACCGCGUUGGCAGCUGGAGCUGGUUGCGGUGGCGGCGGAGGUGCGCCAGAAGCCGUGGCGGCGGCGGCUUCCUCGUCAUCUGGGGAGGAUGCCGCAGCGGGGCCUGCUGAGCGAGGAAACCAGGGGCGCUGUGGCGGAGAGGACAUUGCGAGGGUGUUGCAUGCGGGCGGUGUUGGCAUGCGGACGGAGGGCAGUACGGCAGGAGGCGAAGCGACGGCGGCUGCCGGCGGCGGCGGCGGCGGUACGGCAGGGGGCAGUGCGUUCCUGACCCAGAUGUUUUUGCCCCGGGAGAGCGCUGACGCGUUGCAUGCCGCCGCUGGGGCGUUACCAUCGCCCACGUCGCCGCUGCCGACCGCAUGUCAUCGUCCGGGACACCUGCCGUCGCUGUCCGUUGCCGUACACUUGCCGUCGUCGCCCAGCGGUAGCCUCCCUCCCUGGUCACGGCUAAGCGGCGAUAGCAGCAGCAGGCAUCUCCCUCUUCCUCCCGGUCGAUUAACUGCCGCCAGCAGUAGCGGCGGCGGCGCCUUGGGCGGGGUUGCUUCUACCGAAGCCCUCCCAACGGGUACGCCCCUUUGUUGUCAAGAAGCCUCCGAAGUUCGGGUGACGGACGGUGGCGGGUCAGUGUCCCCAGCGCCAUCCUCCGUACCGCUGCUGCCGCGGCUGCCGCUGCAGCCGUCUUUAGAGCUGCGACGCCUUAGUUCCUCCUCUUGUGCGCCGACAACCAAGAAAGAGCCGCUGCAGCCGCCUCCGCCACCGCUGCUGCUGCCGCCGUCGCCGAUGGCGCCUUCGUCGCUCCUGCCGUCACCUGCGGGCGCCACGUCAGCUGCGGAUGCCGUUCCGCCACCUGCCAGGUGUGGUGGCAAUCCUGCCGCGGAAGGGCCCCUGGAGUCGGCACCUCUUGAAGAAGGGCGCGGUGAAGACGCACAGCUGGAGGGUUGUAGCCUCGCUAAUGACGGCAACAGCAGCGGCACCAGCGGCGACGGCGGUGGCGACGACAGCGGCUGCCUGUCCAUGCAGCUGCCAGGUACCGCUGACACCAUCGCCACCGCGGUCGCUGAGGAGCCGCCGGCUUCGUCCCGAUGUAGGCUACAGGAUGGCGGAAAGGACGCGGUCGCCAGCGGCGGCGGCGGCGAUGGCGGAGGUGCAGACGUUGGCGAUGUCGCCGGCGGCGGCGGCGGCGCGCAAUCUCAGAGCGCUUCCAGUCAUGCGGGCUCUGACAGCGAGCGGGCGGUUGAGGAGUUACCAUUACUGGGGGAGCAUGCAGCUACCUCCUCCACCACAGCUGCGGCGGCGGCGGCGGAUGCGGAUGGGGAUGCUGAGGGAGGGCCUGCGGAGGCGGACGCGGCGGUGAGCCCGACGGGGAGCAGUACGGCAGCAGGGGCUGGUGCGAUGUCGACGUCGACGGCGGGGGCUGCUGCUGGCGGCGCAGUGGGGGAGCCGGGUUGGCGGCUGAGCUCCCAGCUGGGGCGAGUGGGCGAGGGCGCUCGGCUGCUGCUGCAAAGCCUGCGGAACACACUGCGGCGGACGAGCCAGGCGCAGGUCGUCCCCUUGGACUCCACAAACCUCACCUCUGGACUUCCCGGCAGCCGCCUAGUGGGCAUCCCGGCACGCGGCGGCAACGGCCGCAGCCACAACCAGCAAGGGGCCCAUGCAGGCACCCCCAGGGGCAUCCGUCUAGGCAUCCGCCGACCCACGGUUCACCUCGCGCGACCCAGCCAUCUAUCCAGCAGCAAUGUGGACAAUGAAAGCACCAGCGCCGACGGCAGGUCGAUCAGCGACGGUGGCGGCGAUGGCGCGACGGCGGCAGCGGCGGCGACCGGGACACGGCGGCGCACGCAGCUUAGGGUCGGGGGAGGUAGUCAAGGGUCGGGUCCGUUUGGACGGCGUUCAAUGAGGACUUCGGGAAGGCGGGGGGCCCGAGGAAGCCGAGGGGGCCAGGGCGGCAACGAUGGAUCUCCAGCGCCGGAGGCAACGCCGCCGCCGCCGCCGGGGGACGAUGGCGAUGACGACGGUGAGGAUGACGACGUGGUAGCAGUGGCGACUCCGGCGCUAUCAGCAACGGCGCCGGCUGGGGCAGGGGCAGGGGCAGGUGGUGGAGCCGCGGAGCAGGUGCAGCAGCCGCAGGCGGCGGAUCACGCGGAUGGCAGCGGUGAGGCUCUGUCCGAUACGUCGACAGGGUCCUCCACGGCCGGGGGCGCCAGCGCUGUAGAGCGCAGCGGCGACAGUGAGGAGGACGUGUGUCCCGUGUGCCUGGAGGAUGCACCGAACCUACUGGUCCAAGCCUGCCGCCACCCGCUGUGCAUCAACUGCGCGCGCGACCUGGUGAAGCGCCACAGCCUCACCCCGGCGCUGUGUCCCUACUGCCGGGGCAUCAUCUCCAGCUUCAAGCCGCGGUUGCUGCAGGGGGGCUUGGCGGGCGCCGCGGCCGGGCAGCGGUAGAGGGGGCUAGAGCGGCGCGGGGGUGGUGGUGGUGGCCGCGGGGUGAUGAAGAUAAUACCUAACAUGAUGACUAGGCAACCCAACCCGCUGAUUGGGGGAGGGCAUGGUCAAUGUAGGAAGUGUUAGGUGUGUUGCACGCAUGGGAGAGUGGGUAGGCUCCCCCUCGCUGCAGGCAAGCAGAGCGAAGCGGCACGGGGAUGUGGGUCGAAGCUGUUCUUGAAGCAACAACGAGCGAGGAGGUGCUGGGGUUGGGUGUGAAACGUGAUAGUUUUAGGGCUAUAGGUACGAUACCGUGGGGGCAUAUGGCUUGGAGGUGAUUUGGAUGGGCGGGUGGGGUCGGGUGGAAGCGGGUGUCCCGCCGGGCAUCGGUUGAUGUAUGAUGCUUAAGAGUACUGCUCAUCGCAUGUGAUUCGUACCAAUGGAGCACGCGGGGUUUCUCAAAAGGCGAUUUGCAUUAGGCCUCUUGGGGCUUUCCAAUGUCAGGCUGUCAGGCUGUUUUGAUGUGGAGGAGUGACAGUCUAGGCCGGAGGAAUGUUGGACUGGCUCGGGAUGGGAGGCAAGGCGUGUGGUGUGCAAUGAGGAUAAUGUUGAUACUGGUAUUCCAUGCAGCAACGAAGUACUGGGCCGUACGACACUCGACAAGCUUUGUUCUGGGAUGUGGACGAUAACCGGCCGUUGAGAUGGGGCCGUGGGGGUACAUCGCUCAUUGGUGCAUGCACGGCGCUUGGGCCGCUGGAUAUUAAGGCAGCAAUGCGCCCGUCCCACCCUUACAAGCUCACGCGCUUUGCGUUUUGCUCAACUCGGCCAGAGUUUGUUCUGUUGGCAUGUUCGGCCGGUGCUCGUGCCGUUUGUUGCAUUGGUAGGAUUGUACUGCGCAUAAUUGCUUAAAAGGGUUGGCAGGAGGCGUCGCUCAGUGUGCGAGUGUGCAUGGACGCUUGGGUUGCAGGUGUGGAUGCGAUAACGUACGCGAUGGGUGCCUGUUAAUGGAAGCAUGGGUGAAGUAAAAUGUAGGCAUUGUGACCAGCUCGUGAGUUGUGGUAGGUGUGGUGGGGUGUAUUGAACGACGGCCUGGAAGGAGGCCAGGUAGAGCUUGCAAAAGGCCUUAGGUACUGCAUUGUGAGCAAUAUUAGGAAUAUGUGCAACUGAACGGUGGGUAUGUUCCAUGUGGCCUGUGCCUUGGGCGGAUGAUGCGGUGAUUAUUUAUGUUGCGCUGUGAUUAGCGUAAGGAUUGGUCACAACUCACAAGCGCAAGUCGCGACAUUGGUCUUUUUGGAAGAUUGUAUCUUUCACACCUUGCAAUGGAGGUCUGGGGGCUGUUGCCUUUGGUGUCGCUUUUGCGCGUCGUUUGAGUUGGGUUCGUAGUGAGGCAAGCCCAGCUCGUCCAGCUAUUUUACACCCUUUUGCGAUGGAAGACAGCCAUCCUACCCAGCUUAUGGCUACGCAAAAAGGACAACUCGUGCUGCUUUUGCCUGAGCGAGUAACUUCAAGGCGAAACGACCGUGCACUGUCAGGAGAUAGCCCGUUUUCGAGGCCUCUUGAGCAGUGAUUGUGGUAAAUAACGGAGUGGCCUUAAGUGAAACGUGAAGUUGUGGAAACCAGCCUUAGGGACUGGAUGGCAGGGUCGCAAGCCGUAUGGGCGAGUGACUCACGAGAAAUCGAGGGAGACGUACGGCAACCCAACACAGCUCAUCCCUUUGCCCUCGUGCACCGCACAAACACAAGGGCAGGCUGUAUCUGGUAAACCAUGCUGACAGACCGUGUCAAGACCCACGG